AUGUCGACCAAACGCAUCUCCAAGGAAUUCGCCGAAGUCUCCCAAACCCCCAUCGAGGGCUUCCUCGUCACGCUCCCCCCCAACAACUCCGUCCACACCUGGCACGUCACCCUCCAGCCCCCGGCCUCAACCACCUUCUACCCGGGCCGCUUCGGCAUCGUCCUCACCCUCCCCACCGACUACCCCUUCAAGCCCCCCGUCGUAAAGUUCGUCACCCGCGUCUACCACCCAAACAUCACAAACGACUCCCUCGGCAACGUCUGCCUCGCCAUCCUCAAGGCCGAGAACUGGAAGCCCAGCACAAAGAUAGCGUCUGUCCUCGAGGCCCUGCGUAACCUGCUUGUCGAGCCUCAGCCUGACGACCCGCUCGAGGAGCGCAUUGCUGAUGAGUACCGCAACGACAGGGAGGCGUGGGAGGCAAAGGCGAAGGCUGCCGUCACUAAAUAUGCCCUUGAAGACCCCGUCUUUCCGGCAUCGGCAUCAUAA